CAAUCAGAAGUUGGAACGUGAUUUUCAACACGUCGACCGUAGUAAAAGCAAGCUGAAGCUGUUGUAAACUAGUUUGCUGUAGAUUAUAACGGUUCCUGUAAAAGAGUGUCCACAUGGCUGCAGCUAAAGGGUUGCCAAGUUGGGAGCGCAAAGCGCGCAUUAGUUUGGUUCUUCUGGGUUUGGUUUUGUCCGUCUAUGCUCUUCAUGUGGAGCUGUCCCGAGAAAGAGACCCAGAUUACAGGGCAAUGUGCGACCUGGGGGAGUCUGUGAGCUGUUCCAAGGUUUUUACUUCCAGAUGGGGACGUGGUUUUGGUUUGGUCCAGCUGUUUUUGGCCAAAGAUAGCAUUCUGAACCAGCCCAACAGUGUGCUCGGCAUCCUAUUUUACACUCUGCAGAUGGGCCUUGGAAUGUCUCUAUCUAAGAAGGCAGCCCUGGCCUUGGUCCUCUCUUCCUGGGUAUCCGUGGCUGGUUCAAUUUAUUUGGCAUCUAUACUUGCCUUUGUUCUGGGAGACUUCUGCAUGGUGUGCGUCUCAACAUAUAUCAUCAAUUUCGCGCUACUCUACACCAACAUGAAGAGAAAGACAGCAAUUGAUGGGAUGAAAGAAAAGACUGGAUAGGAAAUCCAACUUGUGGAGUUCAACAUUUGUUUUUGUUUUUCGGCUAAAAUGGGCUACACUGGUCCACUGUUUUUUUUUUUUUUUUUUUUUUUUUUUUUUAACCAUUUUCAAAGAAAUUAUUGGAGUUCUAACAAAUCUGAUAUUUUGAUAAUGAACUGGAAAAGCAAUACUUGUUUAUACACCAUUACCUAUUUUGUGACACACUUUUAAAUAUUUUAAAUACAUUUUAUGGUCUUGUCUGAUUUACUACAAACCAUAACUUUAACCAUCACUGCUGUAAUUACUUAGUUUAACCAACAGAUGGAGACAGAGACUAAUUUAUGGUUCAAUGACGUUGAAACAGGGUUUACGUAUAAUGUUUAUUUUGUGCCUUAUCAGUUGUCAUUUAUAUUAAUACUGGGACCAGAAAUAGAUUUUCUAAAUGGACAUAGUUUUACCCAAAGUGGUAAUUAUACUAAACAUUAAACACAACUUACUGAAUUAAAACUGGAAAUAGGCAAAAUGCAAACAUGUUUUCUUUUUAGUUGGUAGAGUAAUAUACACUGUAGUCCCCUUUACAUAUAUGUUGGAUUGUUAUAAUUUUUGUUAUCAGCAGCAAUUUAUGAAUUAGCUUUUAACAAAAACCUUACUACUCUUGUCAUAAAAAAAAAAUAUAUAAAAAAUAACAUUUGGGGAUAUUUAGUUAUCUUUUUCUCUGUAAUCCUGAAAAGCAAGUGCUCAUGCAAAUGUUGGAUAUACAUGUUUAAUUUUCAGUAUUGAUAAAAAAAAAAACACAUAAAGACUGACAUGAUAUUACAGCUAAACACAUUUCUAAUCUUACAUCAGAACAUAGUUAAGUCCCUGUCUUAUCGUGAUUUCCAAUCUGAACAAACUUAGCUACAGAUUCAAAGUAAAAUAGUUGCAGAUCCAAAUUAAAAUGUUGCUUUAAAAAGGCUCUUAAGAUUCCUUGGAUUAACAUCAGUAUUUUUGUAAUUUUAGACAUUUUAAACUAUCAUCAGCAAUCACAAGUUAAGUCAGUAUAUCUGCAGAUAAUCAGUACAUACAGAACCUGUAAACACCAUGCAAAAAUACCCGAAAUGUCUAUUCAAAUGCAAGGCCAACUUGCUGCAAGCUAAUAGUGCCAACAGCUAAACCACCACAGAGGCUUUUCAUGACAGUAAAACCUAAAACAACCCUUUUUUUUAUCAACAACAAGAGAAAACCUUGUAGAAUUAGGUUUGCAAGGUGCCAAAUUAACUAAAUAACUCCUGAAACACUUUAAUACAAACAGAUGGGACCAAAGUAUACAUUUCUGGCAAUGAUAUAUGUUAUGCAUAGUUUAAAAAAUGAGUAUGAUAUGAGCACAAACGCCUUAUGCCAGCACUCAAGCACAUUUAGGAAGUGAUUGUUUUGACUUGUUAUGAAGCCAGGACUCCUGAAACUCCUCUGUAUACUAAAAUAUUUUUAAG